UGGUGCUGCAGCAGUUUGCUGAGGGUCAAUCACAAACACAGAAGAAGAGGAACCUAAAGUUCGCCCCCAUGGCGUCUGAGAUGUCUUCCUCCUCCAUGUAUUAAUAAACAACCAACAUUACUUUUAUCUGUACACUGUAAGUUAUUGACCUCGUUAUAACCAGAUGUGGAGAUUGGACACAGUUCGCCAUAAAGAUGGUCGACAUGUCAACAGCUUGGACGAGCUGCGAAUAAAGAGGCGAGAGCACGAGAAAGAGCUGAGACGGGCACGCAGAGAUAAUCAGCUUGUGAGCAAGAGACUCCUGCUGUAUGAAGAUGAGGACCUGUCAGAGAUCCCCAUGGAAAGUGACUUGGGAGAGCAGGACGUGGUCAGUUUGGUCCACAAACUUCAACACAGCGGGCCAGAGAGAGAGGUUCACCUGAAGGCCUUGAGUAAAGCUCUCCGGGACCCCUCAGCCCAGCUAACUUUCAUCAAGCAGGAGAACAGCAUGCAUCUUCUGGUUGGUUUCCUCACUGGCUCCAAUGCCACAUGCCGUCUGCAGGCUGUCCGCUGUCUUCAUGAGUUGUCUCAUUCGCCCCACACAAACAUAGCACCAGCAUGUCUGCCUGCCACCCCUUACCUGCUCACCUACCUGUCUGGCCAGAGCACCAAGUUCACUGAGCUGUGUCUCUACACGCUGGGUAACUUGUGCCCAGAAAGUGAUGUUGUAAAAGAGAAACUCCUUGCUCAGGGAAUCAUACCAGCUUUGGCCAACUGCAUAGAGAGCCAGAGACAUAAUCUGGCAGUGGUGGAAGCUGCAGGCUUUGCUCUCUCUCAGCUUCUCCAGGACAAAGAUGCAGCAGGGAAAAUAACCCCAAUGAUCCUGGCAUCCAGCUUACCUUCAGCUCUAUUAUCAGUCCUAACUCCUGACCCAAACUUUGGCCUGGCACCUGCCAUCGAGUGUGCAUGGUGUCUGCACUACCUCACAUGCAGCAUGGAGGAUAGCAGAGUGCUGUGGUCUCAUGCAGCCCUGUCAAAGUGCAGUUCCCUGUUAAUGUCAGUGGGUGGUGCUGUGUCUGAAGGAAACAAAGAAGACAGAAUAGAGCUGCUCAUCUGUCCUCUGCUGAGGUGUGUGGGAAAUCUCUCCUCUUGCUCUGUGGAAGACCUGGACUCUCAAGUGGGUGAUGCUCGCAUCGUGGUGACUUUGUGCACGCUCCUUCAAGCUUUCAUGCAGACUCAGCCAGCCUUGGCCAGAGAGAGCGCCUGGGUCCUCAACAACCUCACAGCUCACUCCGAUGCUUUCUGCUCCUCUCUGCUGACUCUAAACCUGAUCCCCGGACUGAUUCAGCUCCUCCCUUUCUCUCAGGGCAUAAAUACCAUGAUCCUGAGGAUUCUAGCUAACAUUGCCCACAAGAAGCAGGAGUUCUGUGUCCAGCUGGCCCAUCUUGGAUUGCUGACUGCACUGUGUGCCACACUAAAGAUGGCUGACAAAGCCAUAGUGACCCUGAGUAUGGAUGUCCUGUUCCUGCUGGUAGUAAGUGGUCCACAGGUGGCACAGGAGUUUGUGAGGCAAGACGGACUUUCACUGUUGGAAGCUCUUCAGUACAACAGUGAAGAGAAAAUUAGACAAAGAGCAAUGUAUCUUCUGGAGAACCACCUAUCGUCAUCCUAAUGUUCUAGCAUUGAUCAAACAUGAGUUUAGUUUUGAUGAUCAGCACAUGGGCUUUUUAAUGACAAAUGUAACAUAUUUGACUGUGGGACCUUCUUUACUCUGUGUUAUGUAAUAAAGUCUGCAUUAAUUUAAA